CAUUAGUAUACCCUCCGAACAAUCUCUUCCGCGCUACGCAGAAUUUGCUCUUUGGCUCACUUUUUGUUCUUCAUCAAAAUGCCGAAGCAAAUUCAUGAGAUUAAGGACUUCCUUCUCACUGCUAGAAGGAAGGAUGCUCGCUCGGUGAAAAUCAAGAGGAGCAAAGAUGUUGUCAAGUUUAAGGUUCGAUGCUCAAAGUACCUUUACACCCUUUGCGUGUUUGACUCUGAGAAGGCUGACAAGUUGAAGCAAUCCCUUCCUCCAGGUUUGAGCGUGCAGGACCUGUGAAGAGUUUGGCCUUUUCUUGCGAUUCAACAUUUCAAUGGAAUCUUGUUUCUGUUCAUUGGAAAUUUUUAAGAUUUUCUCCCUAAAUGUUGAAGUUUUUGCUUUUAGUUGUUAUGGAUUUAUCGGAAUCCUUGUAGUUUUCGUGUGGUAUCGAUGUGUGGACAAGAGUGUAGUGCUUAAUGUAUUAAUGCAGCAUUUGACCUUUUUUUUUUUUGGC